GCUCAGUCGCUGCGAAGAAUCUUCCAAGCACACUGGCAUGGACAUCAGCUUCUGCUGCAUAAUGAGCAGUCUGUGACUGGCCAAGCUUAUGUUGGUUGGUGAACUUCACCACGCUAAACAACGACGGACCACUCUCCGCGGCUAUAGGAGGAACCAUGUCAGGCCAGAGUAACAUCGCGUGAGCGGCAGAGGUGGACUCCGAAUUUUCGGUACCCCGGUCUGCCGUAUUAUGCCACUUCCCCGACUUGAUGGGCGAGCUUGCCGACACUUAUCUACCUCGCUGCCCGCGGAUUGCCUAGCUUCGUUGUAUUCUUUAUAGCAUUUGCAUCUCCGGGAAAUGUCAUGGCAAAUGAUGAGAUAGGUGAAUGUGAUAUAUAGGUAGUCUCAAUCUCAUAUCUCUGGAUUCUUGCCCCAGAGGAAGUCGACGACUACAUCCCUCUUGAUAUCACCAUGGGGUUAAUCGAAACAGCGCUGGACUAUGUGUCCAUUAAAUCCAUUCUCAUCAUCCUCGGGUCCAUUCUGGCACUAUGGAUGAUUUAUGCCGAGAUCAACGACAAUAUUCGACUACGCCGGCUAGGUGCGCGCGGAUCAACAAGAAUCAAAUCCGUCCUCCCAUUCGGCCUAGACGUAAUCUACGAACAGAUCAAAUCGACGAUGAAGCACAAGAACUACGAGGUCUUCGUCAAGCUCCUCAACAACGCACCCUUUUACACGGCGGAAGGCCGGCUCCUCCGGCGUCAUAUCGUCAUGACCGCCGACCCGGAGAACAUCAAAGCCAUAUUAGCGACGCAGUUCGCCGACUUCGGAAAAGGCGAGCAAUUCCACAAGGAAUGGAACGAGUUCCUCGGCGACAGCAUCUUCGCGACCGACGGGCACUUAUGGCAUGGAAGCCGGCAGCUCCUGCGGCCGCAGUUCUCGAGAGAGCGGAUCAGCGAUCUACACUGUUUCGAGUCGCAUCUAGAGACGUUUUUCAAAGCGAUAGCGAAUGGGGGCGUGUUAAAUGGUGAGGAGCAGGUCGUUGAUGUCGAGGCGGGGAACGGCAAGCCUUUCGAUAUUAGCGAGUUGUUGUUCCGGUAUACGUUGGAUGUCGCAACAGACUUUUUGCUGGGUAUGGAUACGCAGUCGCUCACCACCCCCCGCCAACCCUUCGCCGACGCAUUCAACGAAGUCCAGCGCGUGCAAAACAUCAUUGCCCGCGCAGGUCCCCUGCGACACCUCGUGCCCAUGGCCUCCUUCCGCGCCGGCCUAAAAGUUGUCAACGAAUUCUGCAACCUGUAUAUCGAACGCGCAUUACGCCUCUCCCCCGAAGAGCUCGCCUCCAAGACGAAAUCCGACUCCGGGUACACCUUCCUGCACGAACUUGCCUCCUUCACACGGGACCGCAAAGUCCUUCGGGACCAAGUAAUAGCCGUGCUUCUCGCAGGCCGAGACACCACCGCCGCAACGCUCAGCUUCGUUUUUUACGAACUAGGACGCCACCCCGAAUUCGUGCGUAAACUCCGCCGGGAGAUCGAGGGGCAAGUAGGCUGGCACAGGACGCCUACGUACGAGGACCUAAAGAGCAUGAAGUACGUGCAGAACGUGAUAAACGAGACAUUACGGCUAUACCCCGCGGUUCCGUUCAACGUACGCACAGCACUGAAAGACACCACUCUCCCGCGCGGAGGCGGGCCAGACGGCUCUCUACCCCUGGCGGUGCUGAAGGAUACCGCGAUAGCGUACUCCACGCUAACAAUGCAACGACGACCCGACCUCUACCCCUCCUCCUCCCCCUUCUCUGAAAAGUCGGAGCUAGCGGACCCGCAGACGUUCAACCCGGACCGGUGGACGAACUGGCAGCCGAAGCCGUGGCAGUACAUCCCAUUUAACGGGGGCCCGCGGAUCUGUAUCGGCCAGCAGUUCGCGCUGACGGAGAUGGCGUACGUGCUGACGCGGAUAUUCCAGCGGUACGAGAGGGUUGAGAGCUUUAUGGUUGGCGAGCCGAAGCUUAAGGCGGAGAUUGUGAUUCAGCCUGGCGAUGGUGUUACGGUUGCGCUUUGGGAGGCUAGAAAGGGGGAGUAAGGGGUGGUAUACUAACGGAGGGGGUAAGGUAUGGGCUCUUGUAUUAUGAUGACACGACACGGAUAUGUAUGGUUUUAGAUGUAAAUACUUACUUAGGUAGGUAUAUAUGGCUUAAAUUUAUGGAUAUAUUAUAUGUA